AGAGAGAGAGAGAGAGAGAGAGAAGAACACCCCUACCCUGCAACAACACUUCCCAUCAAAGCCCCCCCUUGCCCCAAAAAAGAAAAAAAAAAGGAUGGAAGGUCAACCAAAAAGCAUCACAGUGUGUGUGUUUCCGAGGAGCCGCCCCCCCCAUCCGUGUACGAUGUCCAAGAGACGAGAAAACGUUUGUUUCUCGCAGCGCCCGGGAGUCGCUUCUAUUCGAAGGAGGGCAGGAGAACCUAGGCUGGCGAGCAAACAGAGGGCCCGGGUCCAUGAGGGAGGGGACAAGCAAACAAGAGGGGGAUGACCUCCAAGAAUGGUCUUGUCUUCUUGGCCCCCUUCUCUUUCUCUCUCUCUCUGUCUGUCCGUGUUUCUCUUUUCUCUUUCGUCUUUCGUCACGGGGCUUCAAUGUGUGCUCCUUUUUUCCCUUCCUUCUUUCUCUCUCUAUCCCUUCUAUCCCGUGAGGUCACACACUCCUGAUGGGUUUGGGAAGGGGGUUCAGGGAGUUUUCGGGACACGCCGACGGGAAAUAGACGCAUUUACGAAUUGGAUUUCGAUACGUUAGGGGGAGAAGGGAGGGGUGAGCAUGGCAACCGGGCAAUGUAGCAGCGUACACGGGGACAAAUGCCAAUGACGACAAGGAGUUGAAAACAUUUAUUUACUUUUAUUUUUAUUUUUUUUUACAGACCUCCUUCCCCCCUUUGCCCCCCUCCUACUAGGGACAAGGGAGGAGGGGUGGUCAGGAGGCAAAUACCUACAAACGGGAAGGGGGGGAAAAACAACAACCACAAAAAAACACACGGGAUACCAACGGCGCGUGGUGUGGGGAUGGGAUUUGACAGUCACCAACAAUGACGUUGCUAUUGACUCCUCCCCCUCCCCAACCCCGUCGUUUGUUCACGUGGUGUCUGUCUUCCAGGGCCAAUGAUAUACGACAGCGUUUUAUCUAUUUAGAAAUGGGUUAUGAUCAGGGACACAAGGUCGGGCGGAAGUGGAGGAAAGGGGGGGGGGGGGCGUGGGGGG